CGCAGAGAGGAGGGCAAGGAGGAGAAGGAGGAGGGGGGCUGGGAGGGACUGCAGUGGAGACGGACUGAAGUUUUGCAGCUCCACAGCUGUUUGGCGGUGUUAACUUGGACCCGCUUGGACCACAAACUGUAAAACAUGUCGGGGAGGCGCGAGCUGUGAAAGGUACGGACAGCAAGAGGAGGAGUGUCAGUGCAUACCUCAGCCAGCUGAAGGUGUUUGGAGGUCGGAAAGACAUGGACUCAUUAAAGAAGGAGCUGGAGGAGGAGCUGAAGCUCAGCACUGAGGACCCGAGGAGCCAUGCAUGGUACCACGGACCGCUGAGCCGAGAGGCUGCAGAGUCUCUGUUUGAGAGGGAUGGAGACUUCCUGGUCCGAGACUCAAGCUCUGCCCCAGGUGACUAUGUUCUGAGCUGCUUUUGGAAAGACGGACCCAUGCACUUCAAGAUCAUACGAGUGACACUGCGUCCCAAAAAGGGCUACUCUCGGGAGCUGUUCCAGUUUGAGGAGGAUCGCUUUGACAAUGUUCCCGCUCUGAUCCGGUUCUAUGUGGGCGAUCGCAGGCCUAUCUCCCAUGCCUCAGGCGCUGUGAUAUUUCACCCGAUCAACCGGACUAUUCCUCUCCGUGUCAUCGCUGAGCGACAUGUGGAGCACAAAAGCAGCAGCAGCAGCAGCAGCAGCAGAAGUGCUGGGGCAGAAAAAAGGCGCAGCUUCAGCUCCGCACGUACAGACAUGCUGCAGGUCAUCAAUCCGCUGCUGAGGAGUGGAAGUCAGCCUGCAAACCUGGAAAAUGUUGGACGGAGGCCUUCAUUGCAGUCUGCACAAUCUGACAGCAACCUGAGAACUGGUGUCCCACAGAGCACUCAGUCAGAGGACACCGGCCCCGCCCCCAUCUCCCCGGUGUUUCGCACUGGCAGUGAACCCCUGCUGAGCCCUCGGCCACGACACACGCGACCCUUGCCUCCAGGUGGCGGUGUAACUUUACGAGGGUCAGACGGACAGUUGCACCCUAGAGCUCCUCCUAAACCCCUCAGGGUCUCUGCUAUCUUCUCUAACUCCGUCCCUCCCCCACCCACAGAUCGGGACAACGACCCCUCCUCCUUCUACGACGAGCUGGUCGUUCAGGUACCCGAGUCCAGACAAAAAGGUCAUGUGGACAGGCUGCGUGCAGAGGAGAAGUGGCAGAGCCGCGCUCGCCUCACUGAGACUUCCUUUGGUUUUCUGGAGGCUCAGCUGACUGAAGCAUCGACACAGCUGCCAUUACUGCCGAAGAAGAAGAAGGCGGCAGUGGAGGACUGGCAUUUUGAAAAGCCACAUGUGGAAUCUGAGUCCUGCUUCCAGCUGGAUCAGUUUGAGUCGCUGCUCUUACCGGAGAACAACAGACCCCUGGAGCCAAGCGUCCUGCUGUCACUCAAAGAAGUCUUCAACCGCUCAAACGCAGACACCACCGCUCUGCACAUGCUCAGUGUGGACUGUCAGGUUGCACGCAUCGUUGCUGUGACCGAUGAACAGAAGAGGAUUAUGGGAGUUGGAUCGGGGCUGGAGCUCGUCACUUUGCCUCACGGACACCAAUUACGACAGGAUUUGUUAGAAAGGCAUCAUCUAAUAGCUCUGGGAGUCGCAGUGGACAUCCUGGGCUGCACAGGGACUGUAAGCCAGAGGGCGACUGUUUUACAUAAACUAAUCUCAUUGGCUCAGGCCCUGAAGGAACACGCACGCGACCUCUACUCCUUCUCAGCCGUGAUGAAAGCUCUGGAGAUGCCUCAGAUAAUGAGACUGGAGAUGACGUGGCGGGCGCUGCGGAGGAACCACACAGAGACAGCAGUUUUAUUUGAGAAGAAACUUAAACCUUUCAUGAACCUGCUGAACGACGGAGAUGACUCUGCAGUCCAGGGUCCCAUAGCCGUGCCACACCUGGUCCCCCUGCUGAUGGCGAUGGAGGGUGAGGACCCCGUGGAGGACAGCGAGGAGGGCUGUCAGCUCCUCUACAACGUCCUCCAAUCAGCACGCAGUGCCGCGCUGCAUGCACAAGAUUACCAGCAGCACGCACACUCACUGCUCACAGCAGGCUGGGAGCCCAUCCCCGAGUUGCUGGAGGCUUUUCGGACAGAGUUCGCCCUGCGGCUGUUCUGGGGUCAGUCCGGAGCGACGGCCGACAGAGAAGAGCGCUACGAGAAGUUUGACAAGAUUCUUUGUGUCCUGUCUGAUAAACUGGAACCCGUGGAGAUCACUCCACUUCAGCCUGACCCUUUAAUCUGAAGCUCAGGGGAAAUGAAAGGUGAAACCAGAACUGUCUUCACCAGAGGAAAAUAACUGAUACCUGAGGCAGAGAUCUCACCCCUGAGAUGGGCGAAGACUUAAAGAAAGGUUAUCUUUGAGGUGUGGAAAUAUGUCAAGCAAAAAUGUAACUUAAGAGGAGGAGAUUCAUCUGGGAAGUGUCCGCCCUGGGCAGUCCUUUACUGUGAAAAGGCUGCGUUGGAUAUACUCUCAUUUUUCAGGACAUCUGAGAUUUGUUUAUUACCUGAAAGUGUGCAUCUGUUUACUUUGUUUAUUCCGGACACUGUCAUAUCAAUCCACACCAGUUGUUUGAUACUUGAGAUUCAAAAGGACCAACAUGAACAUUAUUGAAACUCUGUUUGUACAUAAACUGCUGCUGCAAGGAA